GCUUACUGAGAGUUUAUACAUGGCAACGCUGGAAUGGCAAAAAUGGAAAACAAAAUCUAGAAAGUAGAAACCAGUAAAUGCAGAGAGGAAGCAAACCAACAAAAACCAUGACAAACGUGGGGAAGGUUACUGCUCCCUGCAGCUUCUGCCUACUGGCCGCUGCAUUACCCAUUAAUCGCUUCCGCGACUGAAAACGCUUCUUCCCCUUUGACUACUUCAUCUUCUUCAAAUUCCAAGGGAAGAACCCUCCUUCCUCUUUUUCCCCCUCCCUAAUCCAUUCCGCUCACGGUUUCGCGGGCUGCCAACAGAGUGGCGGAAAAGGAAGAAGAAGAAGAAGAAGGUCAAAUUUGUUCAGCUACCAGUCUCUGUAAUUUCCCUCAUUUUCCCAAUUCACAGACGAAGUUUUCCAUUGCUGUGUUUCCCGUAGAAUUUCUCCCCUCCUCAAUUUGUCGGUUUUCCCCUGACCCCAUUUUCGGUUUCGCAUUGCUGUAAGAAAAAGUUUGCUGCUUUGCAAUUUGCAAACCUUCAUGGCCCUGAGAGCUGCGGAGUCCAUCUGGGUCGGCGGCCUGUUCAACCCUCGUCCUGAUUCACUCGGGUCGCAUGCGAGACCCGGGUUCGUUGCUGUGGGUCGUGAUUCGGGGCCGGAUAGGCUGUUUGGGAAUUGGCAAUGCUGUUUGUCGGUGGUUCGGGCUCAGAAAAGUGUCACUCCGGUCGACGAUGAGAAGCCGCUGACCCCUGAAGCGGCGAAACCUGUUGGGGUAACAACUCAUGGCGACAAGGAGAUUGUGUCCAAGGGAUUUCACAGGGACAUCAACUUUCUUCCCAAACCGUUAAGUGUAACGGAAGAUUCAUCCUCCACUUAUGAUGGCAGAAAAGUGAGGGUUGCAUAUCAGGGGAUUCCAGGUGCAUAUAGUGAAGCUGCUGCACUUAAGGCUUACCCGGGUAGUGAAACAGUACCAUGUGAUCAGUUUGAAGCUGCCUUCAAGGCAGUAGAACUCUGGUUAGUGGACAAAGCAGUCCUCCCCAUUGAGAACUCAGUUGGUGGGAGCAUCCAUCGUAAUUAUGACUUGCUCCUUCGCCAUAGGCUUCAUAUAGUAGGAGAGGUACAGCUGGAAGUUAAUCAUUGCCUCUUGGCAUUGCCCGGUGUAAGGAAGGAGGAGCUCAAACGUGUGCUUAGCCACCCCCAAGCACUCGCUCAGUGUGAGAUGACAUUGAGCAGCUUAAAUAUUAUUAGAGUCAAUGCUGAUGAUACUGCUGGUUCUGCUCAGUUUGUAGCUGCAAGUGGCCAAAGAGACACUGGCGCAGUUGCUAGUGCUCGAGCAGCUGAGAUCUAUGGUCUUGAUAUUGUAGCUGAGAAUGUUCAGGACGAUGCUGACAACAUUACUCGCUUCCUUAUACUUGCGAGAGAACCUAUCAUUGCAGGGAACGGCAAGCCAUAUAGGACGAGCAUUGUUUUCACCCUUGAAGAAGGUCCAGGUGUGCUGUUCAAAGCACUGUCCGUGUUUGCUAUGAGGGGCAUCAGCUUGACAAAGAUAGAGAGUCGGCCACAGCGAAAGCGCCCAAUGAGAGUGGUUGAUGAUUCUAACAAGGGCAGUGCCAGGUACUUUGACUACCUCUUUUACAUAGACUUCGCAGCUUCCAUGGCAGAAGAACGUGCUCAGCGUGCUCUCGGAAACCUAGAGGCGAGGGUCCUUUCUCACCACCUCUUUUGUCUCCAUGAAGAUAUAAGUCUUAUUGAACUUCCGCCAUCAGUUGUCUUUCAAACAAUAUGUUAGUUCUGGUUUUGUUUUUUGUUGUUGAUCUGUUGUUGUGCCGGCUGUUUCUGCAGGAGUUUGCUCGAUUUCUCCGAGUUCUUGGUAGCUAUCCAAUGGAUACCAUUCGAUAAGACAGCCUGCGGUGGGUUAUAUUUGAAUAGCAAGACGGAAAGGAAUGCAGUUGGCGGCGUAUGUUGUACAGACUGAUAUAGAGAAUAGGGAAGGCGCCAUCCAUGCAUUGCUGAUGGUUGCUGACUUUGCUGUAAAGGAGCUGGCGUUUUUUGCAUACCUGCUUUCUUCUUCAUUCAUAUUUCUUCUUGUUCUUGGAGGGAUUCUGUUACUCUUUGCAUUGUUUACUAGAAGGAUUGGUGGCUGGGAACGUUUUAUAGCUUUUAUAGCUUCUGGAGCAUGUGUUCCUUUUAUAGCUUCUAAGGUGAUGUUGGGGACUGAGAACGUUUGAACUUGAGUUAGAUUCCUGCAGUUUCCCUUAUUUAUCAAAGCUAUGAACUUCCAUUUUUCCUACAUGAAGACUUGAUACUUGAAAGCGGCUAAUGAAUGCUCA